AUGGAACGAGGUGGUCCCAUCGUGUCGGACGUGCGAUUCGAGCACUGUCAACCAGGUCACACUCUGGGACUUCCGUACGAUCGACCCCGUCUAUCCUGGAAAUUUUACAAUGUUGACUCGGCCUUCCAGCAGGCAGCCUACGAGGUCGAAGUCUGCGCUCCGAGUACAGGCACGGGAAUGACGCUGUUAUGUUGCCGCAAAGUCAACUCGAGCCAGUCGCAGCUGGUCCCUUGGCCUCACGACGAAGCAUUGAUAUCAAGACAGGAAGUUUCUGUGCGCGUCAGAAUUUGGUCAUGUGACGGUUCUUCUUCUCCAUGGAGUCAGCCAGCAACAUUCGAGACUGGACUUCUGACACGGGCAGAUUGGCACUGUCAACGGAUUGCUGCACCUGGCAUAGCGCCAACUGCAGGGCAUUUCGCGGAGCAACUCUUCCGCAAAGCAUUCUGGCUCCGGUCCCGUGUUCGCCGGGCAAGGCUGUACGUUACAGCCCAAGGCUUGUAUCAAGCAGAAAUCAAUGGACAGCAGAUUGGAGACUUCCUCGCACCCGGAUGGACAAACUACAACCAUCGAAUCCUCCAUCAAACUUAUGAUGUGACCCACCUGCUGACACGAUCGCCGGAAGAGAACUGCAUUGGCCUACGGCUCGCGGAAGGAUGGUUCUCUGGAAGACUGGAGAUUGUCUACGACGAUCAGAGCUCAGAGCGGAUCUGCACGGACAAAACAUGGCUCACCACGGCAGGUCCAGCCACGGCCGCGGAAAUCUACGACGGAGAGAAGUACGACGGCACCGCCGAAAUCGACGGAUGGUCACAGCCAGGCAAUCCCACCCACGAGUUCGAUCCCGCCCUCUGGCGUGAAGUGGGCGAGAAACCACCGCUCUCGGACACUAUUCAGAUCGUCCCGGACUUUGGAGCACCGGGUACUCGUAAGCAAACGAUCGCGCCUGUUCAGAAAAUCAUCACGCCCUGCGGGAAAGUGGUCCUCGACUUUGGUCAGAAUCUGGUGGGCUACGUACGGAUCAAGGCUGUAAAGGGGAAAAGAGGAGACCGGAUCUCUCUUGAACAUGCAGAGGUGAUGGAAAACAACGAGCUGGGGCGACGACCACUCCGGAUCUGUCAAGCCCUGGAUCAGUAUACUUUGAAAGGCACCGAGUCUGGGGAACAGUGGGAGCCUAGGUUCACCUUCCAUGGCUUCCGUUACUGCCAGGUGGACGGCUGGCCAGUCGAGGCGCCUGAGCUGCAAGACUCGCUGGUUGCCGUCGUGUGCCACAGCGAGAUGGAGCCUAUCGGCCACUUUCGUUGCUCGGACAAGAUGCUGAACAAGCUGCACGAAAACACCGUGUGGAGCAUGAAAGGCAACUUCCUCUCCAUCCCUACAGACUGCCCCCAACGCGACGAGCGUCUGGGCUGGACUGGGGACAUUGCAUUGUUUGCACCAUCUGCGGCCAAGCUGUACGACUGUUACAGCUUCUUGCAAAAUUGGCUGGUCGAUGUUGUCUACGAACAGGACCUUCGCGGUGGAAUCCCCCCUCUCGUUCCACCAAACGCGUUUCAAGGACUCGAGUUUUGGGGCGACCCAUGGCCGUGUUCAAUUUGGCACGACGUCACCAUCCGCGUGCCCUGGGCAUUGUAUGUCGCCUCGGGAGACCAGGACAUCCUGGCCAGAAACUACGGGAGCAUGAAGACUUGGCUCACGCAGAUCCCACGGGAUAUGAAGACGACAACAGCCAAUCGUCUCUGGGACAGAGAGUGCUUCCAACUAGGCGACUGGUUGGAUCCGUCUGCGCCGCCAGACAAACCUGCAACCAGCCAAACAGACGCGACGCUAGUGGCAGAUGCCUUCUUGGUGCAUAGUAUGGACCUUGUCUGUCAAAUCGCAGAGGUCCUGGGUGACACGGAGGGAGCCAGGGUGUUCGAAGCCGAAGCACACGCCACGCGCCAGCAAUUCGUCCACGAGUACAUCAGCGCCAGCGGUCGCGUAGUCUCCGAUUCGCAAACGGCCUACGCACUAACCAUCUGCUUUGAUCUCCUCCCCACGGCCGCACAGCGAGCGAAUGCAGGCGAACGGCUGGCAAAGCUCGUCCGCCAGGAGCACUUCAAGAUCAACACCGGCUUCGCGGGCUCUCCGUUCAUCUGCGAGGCCCUGGUACGAGUCGGACACGCUGCUGUAGCAUAUGCCAUGUUGCUCAAUCGAGAGUGUCCCUCGUGGUUGUACCCGGUCACAAUGGGCGCGACGACGACGUGGGAGCGUUGGGAUAGCAUGCUUCCCGACGGCUCCAUCAAUCCCGGCGAGAUGACCUCGUUCAACCAUUACUCCCACGGGGCGGUCAUCUCCUUCCUGCACGAACGACUGGCCGGCCUCCGGUGUGUGGAGCCAGGCUGGAAGAAGAGUCGCGCCGCUCCGGUAAUCUCAGGCGGCAUCACCGGUGCGGAAGUCAGCUACAACACUCCCUACGGGAAAGUGGGCUGCUCAUGGAGCAUUGAAGGCGAGCAGUUUACCUUGACUGUCGAAGUCCCUCCAACGACCACCAUGGAAGUAGUCCUGCCGGCCGAGAGUGGUGGGCGGACCGAGCUCGUCAAGGCCGGAAAGUGGACCUUUUCUGGUCGUCAUCGACCCGACCGUGCUUGGCCGGUGACACCAAUUUCGAAGAUGCCUUGGGCAGAAGGCUAG